AUGACUCUCUGGGGUCAAGACACCGUCAAAGAUGUCGCCGAAUCUGUCGGAAUUUACAACUUCAACAAGGAAGUCAACACGUCGCUCUGCCGCGAUGUGGAGUACCGCAUCUCGCAAGUCCUCCAAGAAGCCCUCAAGUUCAUGAAACAUGCCCGCCGCACGAUUCUCUGGUCGCAAGAUAUAUCGCAAGCCCUUCGCGUGCUGGACAUCGAACCGCUCUACGGCUACGAAUCUACCAGGCCGCUGAAGUAUGGCCAGGCGUCACUGGGUCCCGGGCAACCGCUGUACUACGUCGAGGAUGAGGAGAUGGACUUCGAGAAGCUUAUCAACGCGCCGCUACCGAAAGUACCCAGGGAAAUGACAUUCACAGCGCACUGGCUUGCCGUCGAAGGCGUCCAACCCUCAAUACCUCAAAACCCGACGUCGACUGAAGCGCGAAAUCUCGAACUCGUACCGAAAGGACCGAACGCGAAUCACGCGCUGGCUGCCAUGAGUGGCGCAGAUAAUACUACCACAAAACCUCAGGUCAAACAUAUCCUCUCCAAAGAACUACAGUUGUACUUUGAGAAGGUCUGCUCGUCGGUCCUGGAUGAGACGCAACUGGAAUAUCGCACGGCGGGGCUGGCCAGCCUGAAAGAAGAUCCAGGCCUACACCAGCUGGUGCCAUACUUUGUACAAUUCGUCGCAGAAAAGGUCACGCAUAACUUGAAAGAUCUGUUUGUGUUGACUCAGAUGAUGCUGGUCACGGACGCGUUGACAAGGAAUGAGAAGCUCAACCUGACACCAUACGUGGCAUCGAUGGUGCCUCCCGUAUUGACCUGCUUGAUCGGACGAACAUUGGGCACAGGCAUAGGUGCACUCGAUCACUACGACCUGCGGGAUCUAGCUGCGGCUCUGCUGGGCCAUCUCUGCAACAGAUACGCCAAAUACUCACAUAAUCUCAAACCUCGGCUAGCACGGUCGUGUCUGAAGACCUUCCUCGACCCCAAGAAACCGUACGGAAGCCACUACGGCGCCAUCCUCGGAUUGAAAGCCGUGGGCGGCGCGGAAGUGGUCCGCCAGCUCAUUCUGCCGAAUAUCAAAGUCUACGGUCAGCUCCUGGAAGAUGAUAUUCAAGAAGGUAGCGUGAAGAAGGCCGAAGCAGAAAAAGUGGUUACCGCAAUUCUGAUUGCUCUGCGGACACUGGUGGACGAUGAUAUCCCGAUGAUGAAUGGACAUUCAGAGGCCUCUGCUGCCAACAUGCGAGCCAAACUCGUUGAAAGCCUUGGCGAAGUGAUUGGUGGAAGAAUAGCGGACUCUGGCAACACACCGUUUGCCAAAGCCGUGCUCGAGGGGAAUUCCGCGGCGUUAUAA